CGCUACCCCAGCAAUCUAUAUACUAAGUUACCAAGAGCUUAUAUUCAAUUGUACUUUUGCUUCACGUUCACGGACAUUCCUACAAAAUAAGUGCGCAGAGUUAAACCAUUCGAGGACUUGAGAGCAUAUGAAAGGUUACAAGACUGCUGUCAUUAUGCAUGAUUUGACGGCAGUGCGGGUAAUCUCAAGUGUUUGCAGCCAACAAAAUGUGAGGAAUAUGUUAGGAAUGAAGCCGAAUUUCUAUUGACAGCCGCUGUGAUCCGACGGGUAGUGGUAUAACUGAUCGAGAAGAAGUAAAAUCCUGGGUGCGAUUACUCGUGAUCUUUCUACUUAGCAUUACACAGGAUCGAACUGAUCUCCUGGUCAACCUUAGCAAUUGACGAUGAUCACAGUGAGCCAAAGUUUUCUUUUGCUUUUAGUUUCAUCAAUCUGGAAAUUCACAAUACAGUCCUCCUGUACUGGUACCAUAUCAACUAAGGUUGAACAUAGAAGAGAGUACCUCACGGAGUAUAUCUCACUCGUUUCAGCCUUCAACUUCGCCGUAAUUUACCAUAGCUCCAGCACCGCCAAGCAGAUUAGGAACAUCAAACUUUGACGGCUUCAAAUCAACACUUUUAAACAACAACCAAACAGCGACAAAAAACAAAUUAGAAAUGAUUUCUGACGGUUAUACCCAAUUCACACCUCUUCCUUGAUCAUUCUUUUCCAUUAUCAAUACUUUCAUACAUACAUCCGAAAAAAGAGGAAGGGAAAAGGGGGUAUAGCCACCUUAACCAUGCAACCUUCAAUCAUUCAAAGAUCUCUGGCCAAAAGAAGCAUACUACGCGCUUCUACAACGCGCCAUUGGAUACAAACACGAAAGCCCAUCAUCGCACAAUCACGACUACGAUGUAUCUCGACGGAAGCGGCUUCAGAGAAUAAAUCAGAUGGUUCUAAUCCUGGAAAACGUGAGUGUAUCCCUUUCUUUGAAUAUCUCCGUCCAGUCCAUCCAUGUACUGCUUGGCGUGCAUUUAUUCCUCUCACUCGUUCUUUUUCAUCGGAACUUGAUUUUGAUUUCAAUGGGAAUGUCUCAAUUAUCUGUGGUCCAAUCUCACUCUGAUGGCCUUUAGCGUAGCAUCAGCUAGGUUCGUAAAAUACGUGAAAAAGAUUACUCCGAUGAGUGUUCUUCUAGAAGGAUGGAGUACGCACCCAUGGUUAGCAUAAACAUCUUCACACAAAUGAAACCCACGUGUCAUUUGCGAGAAACUUCCUUCUUGUUUUCAUCAUCAAUCAUCUUUAAAGAAUCUUCAUCUGACCAAACACACAGAAAUCCCUGAGGCGGAACCACAUAAUAAUCAUUUUCGAAAAAGUCGAGAAGAUUCAUCGUCACAUGAUGAGUCCUCCAAUCUCAAGGCGAAGAUGCUCGAGGCUGCAGUGACGGCUCUUGCAUCCAUCAUUGUACUUGGAACAGGUUUUGGCUUAGGAGGUUAUCUUUAUCAUAGAUUUUACAAAUGGAUGGUCCUUCAUAAGAUGGAAAUCGCCUUCAAGCCGGGUGAUCCAGUUUUAGACCUCGCCGCUACUUCGAAACAAGUGCCUAAAAAGUAUACAGCCCAAGAUGAUGAACAUUGGAUACAUCGUGCAGAGCAAGAGAAAAUUGAUAAAAUAGUGAAUGGAGGAGAUCGUGGUCAUUACCAUUUGUUGAUUGGGGAAAAGGGUGUGGGCAAAUCUAGCAUGUUACUUGAGGCCAUGCAGAAGGUCGAUGGUGAAGGAGUUAGUAUGUUCGAAGCACAUGCGGACCCUGAGAUUUUCAGAGUCCGUUUAGGAAAAGCUCUCAAUUUUGAGUUCAAUGAGGAUUAUAUUGGAUCUUAUUUCUCUGAAAGAGGUCCCAGGGAUAGCACAGCUUUGUUGGAUAUCGAACGAGCAAUGAAUAAAUUGGAAAAGGUAGCAUUAAAGAGACGAAGCUCAGGACGUGGACCUCUGGUAAGCUUAUGCCGCCCUCAUCUCAUGAAACUCUGGUCGGAGUAUUGUCUGAUAGAUUGUUAAUACCCACGAUUUCAGAUUAUGAUUAUCAAUGCGGUACAUCUUCUUCGAGAUGAUGAAAAUGGCAGGGAUCUACUUGAACUUUUACAACAACGAGCCGAACAAUGGGCCGCAUCUAACCUAGUCACCAUGGUUUUUAACAGUGACGACUAUUGGGUUUACGAAAGAUUAAAGCUACUAGCAACUCGUAUGGAAGUCACUACCAUUCCGGAUCUUCCACGUGGACUAGCAAUAUCUGCACUUCAAAGAUAUCGUCAGAAAUAUUAUGCUGAGACGCCCUCGUCUGAAAUAUUAAAUGAAGUUUAUAACAGAGUAGGCGGCCGUCUAACUUUUUUGAACCGAGUUGCCAAAUCUUCAAACAUGCUUGAAACUUGCGAUAAUAUCAUCGACACUGAACGACGAUGGUUCCUAAAUCAAUGUUGGAUCCUAGGAAUGGAAAUGGAUGAUGAUGUAAUGGAUCAACAAAAAUAUGCCGCAAGUAUCACUCCCCACUUAACAUUCCCUCAUACUCACCCUCAUAGUCCGCAGCCAUGGUCCUAGCCCAAGCACUCGUCGCCGCCGAAAAAGAUACACCGACCUACAUCGACGAUGGCUCCCACAACAUCCCCGAAAUCCCCCUUCACAAAGCCCGUCAAAUCAUGACCCGAGCAGAUUUCAUUCAACAAUAUGAUCACGUUAAUCUCUUUACCAUUACCUCCAAAGCUAUGGUUCGAGCCGAUUCAGUACCAAUGCAACAAGCUUUCCGAAGUAUCUGUGCCGAAGAAGGCUUUGAAGAACAUCUUGAGGCUACUUUACAGAGAAUCAAUGAUAUUGAAAGUUUAGGGAGAACGAGGGAAAUUGUGGCGAAGGAUUUGGUGUUGGGUGGGAAGUAUAAGAUUGUUAUGAGUGAUGGGGAAAAGAGGGGUUCGAAGGUUACGGAAGUUACUUUAGAGGAGAAAGAAGAGGAGGAUGGUGGGGAUAAGUGAUGUGUUAUUGGGGAUAUUGUAUGAUAGUUUAGAUUUUGUAUAUUUAAAAGUGAUUGAAUAGGUUUAGAUUAUUAA